AAGUUCUUUUCUCGACAUAGUUUUUCUACGAGGAUCUUCGAAAACCUUCCAACCCCUAGACAGAUACAUGUUGUGGGUCUAGAUCUUGGCGGCCUAAGUGCUUUGGAUAUACACUUAAGAUGUACAUCUGUUCCUCUUUCUUGUCUUUUUUGUGGUUUACCACUGAUCUGAAACGAUCUCCUUCUGUAGAAUCCGACUUACAUGUGUGAACUGAACGUUGGGGUAGUUUGUUUUAUACUUCUUCUCUACCCUGUGGUGAAGACCUGUUCUUAUGGUGCCUCAGUAAUUAAUCCCCUGUUGUGCCCGUCCUAAUCAAGGUCUAUUCUUGCUAUGACUCCCAACAACGAGCCUAAUGUACCAAUGACUGUCGAUUUCCGAGUAAUUCUGUGUGUUAUUUUAAACUUCUUAGGAGCUAUGAUAACGACGGAUUUUAAAUUAUGACAAUGUAUGGAUUACGAGGGGGAUUGAUUCCCGAGGGACCAGCAUGGCAAGGUCAUUACACAGAGAUAUUUGCUUUGUGGCAUCCAAUUGUCAAAUGACUAGAAGACUUGUUGUCAAAAAAGAGGGAGAUUGUGAUGUGAUCAUGCGGGGCAAAUCAUCCUUAGAAUUCGCCCACACUGUCUCUGCGCACCUAAAAGCGCACCCAUUUCGAAAGAUUUUCAUCUCCUUCCUUGCCCAAACCUAAUCAUUACCCUUUUUGAUUCUCCCAUGCCACCCUUCUCUUCUUAUACGGAGCCCCCUCUCAUGCAAUCCUUCAACAUCAACCUCUCCCUCUCCCUCUCCCUCUCCCUCUCUCUCUGGUGUGAGUUUGCUAGUGAAGUUAUCCACUCAAGACGCAUACAGAAAUUAAUGGGUGACAUCUCUGUUUCUAAUGGGAUUAGCAAUGGCAAUGGUGUCAACGGUAAGAACCAUUCUCUUAAUGGCUAUAGGAAGAGCUGCUGGUAUGAAGAAGAGAUUGAAGAGAACUUGAGAUGGUGCUUUGCCCUCAAUAGCAUAUUGCACACAGGAGCUUCUCAGUUCCAGGAUAUUGCACUAUUGGACACUAAACCAUUUGGGAAGGCCCUGGUGAUUGAUGGGAAGCUCCAAAGUGCAGAGACAGAUGAGUUCAUUUAUCAUGAAUCUCUGGUUCAUCCUGCUCUUCUUUAUCAUCCAAACCCAAAGACUCUGUUCAUCAUGGGUGGUGGUGAAGGUUCCACGGCAAGAGAGAUCCUAAGACACAAAACUGUAGAGAAAGUUUCUAUGUGCGACAUUGACGAGGAAGUGGUGGACUUCUGCAGGUCAUACUUAGUAGUCAAUAGAGAGGCAUUCUGUGACCCUAGAGUUGAGCUGAUCAUCAAUGACGCGAGGGCCGAGCUAGAAAGCCGAAAAGAGUGCUUCGAUGUGAUCAUAGGCGACCUUGCCGACCCCAUUGAGGGAGGCCCUUGCUAUAAGCUCUACACCAAAUCGUUCUAUGAGUACACGGUGAAACCCAGGCUCACUCGCAAUGGCGUUUUCGUUACACAGGCGGGGCCGGCUGGGAUUUUCAGCCACACUGAAGUGUUCUCUUGCAUUUACAACACUUUGAAGCAGGUCUUCAAAUAUGUUGUGCCCUAUUCAGCUCACAUUCCCUCGUAUGCUGAUACAUGGGGUUGGGUCAUGGCAUCAGAUGUGCCAUUCUGCUUGAGUGCUGAAGAGUUCGACCUCAGAAUGAAGCAGAGGAUCAAAGGAGAAAACCGAUACCUCGACGGGAGGACUUUCGCCUCGGCCUCGACCCUGAGCAAAGCCGUCCGAACAUCAUUGGAGAAUGAGACUCAAGUGUAUACUGAGGGAGCAGCGAGGUUCAUAUAUGGCCAUGGCAGACAGAAUCAAGACUGAAAGAAACUGAAAUGAAGGGAGCCCCCAAGAACACAAGAACACAGAAAAGCUCGCAAGUGGAAAUUACAGUUUUUCUUUAACUUUGUUUCUUUCUUUUUUUUUGUCUUUUUUGGGUUCUUGGCUGUAGCUUCUGGUGUUGUAUGUCUUUGUUAUGUCGUUUCUGCUUUUGUCUCUUGCUACCAACUUUGAAGCUCUCGUAUAAUUGCAAAGGAUGGGUUGUCCUUGAACUCUCUCACCCUCUCUCUCUCCAUAUGUGGAAAGUUCAACUGGCCCUGCCUAAAACUGAAUCAAAGACGUCCCUUUUCUUUUCC